CAAGUCGUGCAAUCCCGAACAAUUCAAGUUAAUACUAAAAAUUUCAUUUCAACAUUUUGAUUUUUAUUCCAAAAAUUUUCGAAAAAAAAAGUUUAUAAUCAAAUUAUGGAAAUUACUGUCGAAUUCACGGGUGGUGCUGAACUAUUAUUUGGUAAUGUAAAAAAACAUCGAAUAACAUUAUCCAAUGAUGACAAUGAAAAUGAACAUCCAUGGACGAUAAAACGAUUGAUUGGUCAUCUUCGUGAUGAAUACCUUAGAGAACGACCUGAAUUAUUUUGCUCAGGUGAUUCAGUUAGGCCCGGAAUUCUAGUGCUUGUUAAUGAUACUGAUUGGGAGCUAUUAGGUGAUAAAGAUUAUCACAUUAAAAUUGGCGAUCAGAUUUCAUUUAUAUCGACACUUCACGGUGGAUAAUAUUGUUUCAUUCAUCCCAUUCAUAUCCAAGAAAACACCUCACACAUCAAAACUGCAUUUGGAUGUGUUGCAUCAUGGUAAUCCUCAUAUAUUGCAACCAAUUUAAUUACCAAAGGAAAAACAUUAAUAAAACAAUGAUUGCCGUUCCUGCAAAACCAGCGAUGACUUUUUGUUUUUCAUCUGUCAAACAAAUG